AUGUCUGGAAGUUUUUAUUUUGUCAUGGUUGGUCAUCAUGACAAUCCUGUGUUUGAGAUGGAGUUCCUGCCAACAGGGAAGCCCGAGUCAAAGGUAACAUGGUUUUGUUAUUGUCAGCACCUUAACUCUUUCCUCUACCACUUUACCUGUCAAAUACCAACAGAAAGGAUUAUGAAACUUUAAAAAUUGACUGCAGCUGAACUACAGUAUACUACCAGGCUGUCUGUGUGCUGUGUUCACUAUGUCAACAAUCCAUACAUGCUGUGUUUUGAUGCUGAUAAUUUCAGUUUAUUUCCAUGUUUGACUAUAUUUGUUUCCUUCGCCACAGGAUGACCAUCGCCAUCUAAACCAGUUCAUUGCACAUGCAGCUCUGGAUUUGGUGGAUGAAAACAUGUGGCUGACCAACAAUAUGUACCUGAAGACUGUGGACAAGUUCAAUGAGUGGUUCGUGUCAGCCUUUGUUACUGCGGGUCAUAUCCUUUCACUGGAUUCUUCAUAUUUAAUCCCUCAAAGAGAGCUUGUAGAUGUUCAUAAGGACUGUUUUUAUUUUAUUCUUCAAAUAAUUGAGAACAUAUUUCGAAAAUCAUAAUAACGACUACACUAAUGGUGCUGACAUCUAUGUUAGAGGGAUAUUCUGGCGUAAAAUCAAUUUAGGGUCAAACACACUGUAACACAGAGAGAUGAAUUUUGCUGACUGCUUGCUUCUCUAGUUAUACCAACUUUACUAACGACCGCAGAUAGCAAUACACAGCAGUCUGAGGAGCUAUUAACAAACCUCAACCAAAACGCCACUCUAUAGCCACAAAUAAUGCUCAGAACAGCACCUAACUUCAUCAACAGUACAUAUAGGGUCUCAGCUAUAGCACUAGCCACCAAACAUCUUUUUAACUUUGCCUAAUUUCUUUACCAAAGAGACUUAACACAACUCACCCACUCUCUUCCAGCAGCCGCUUGUUUGUAGCUCGACCUCAACCAGUCCAUUACGGACUGCAGUGGGGUGACACAGCUCAAGGAAGAACAUUUAUGAUGAUUUCUUCAUGGAAAUGCAAUCAGACCGAGACGCUAAUGCAGAAGAACUACCGUGUCUGCAGAGCUAAAUGAUUAAUAUGGUGAUUAUUACUUAAUAAUCACUUGAGCUGCGUCACCCCACAGCAGUUUGCAAUAGACUGUUCUAAUAGGUGCUGUUCUGAGCAUUAGUUGUCGCUAUAGGAUGGCAUUUUGGUUGAGGUUUGUUUAUGGCUCCUCAGACUGCUGUGUAUUGCUAUUGUGCGGUCGUUACUAAAGUUGGUAUAACUAGGGAAGCAAGCGGUCGGCAACAUUCAUCUCUCUCGGGGGUGUCUAACUUGGUGUUAUGGUGUGUUUGACCCUAAAUUAAUUUUACACCGGAAUAUCCCUUUAAAGCUUGUAAAGAAGUUGCAUGUCUGGACUUUUUCUCAAACAAAACAAGCUUUUCAAAAUUAUAAACUCACAUGUUGUGAUUAGUGUUUCACAGAUUAAUUGAUAAUAAAGAAAGUACUCCAGCUGUAGCCCAGCUGUUAUUUCAAAGCUGUUAGCAAUAGAUAAUGUGAUUAUUCUUUGUAGGCUAGUCACAUUAUUUUCCAAUUCUGAAGCCAAGGAAUUCACUGGCAUGACUCAGUUUUCUUUAACAAUGCGCCCCACAUAUCAGAUUCAUCAUGCUGCAUGAUGUGCGGCAAGAAGAUGGGAUCAAAAACUUCUUUAAUGAUGUUUAUGAUUUAUACAUAAAGGUAAGUUUUCCUCUGUACGGUCUGGUACCUUAGCAUGAGAAGUAUAUUUGAAGUUUUUCUUUGUCUUUCUCACUUUGGACUGUAUUUAAUCAUUUUUUCUGUUUACAGUUUGCUAUGAAUCCAUUCUAUGAAAUCAACGCACCAAUCCGUUCUACAGCUUUUGAAAGGAAAGUGCAGUUUCUGGGAAAGAAACAUCUCCUGAAUUAA